UACUAUUUCUCAGCGUUAGGGCCUGAGCAGAAUGGCUGACUUAUAACCUUAAGACAAGUUUUAUGACUUAAGUCUUUGUCUUUAGGAACGCACAAUAACUGUCUUAUGUCUUAUGUCUCAAGCAGUCUCAAGGGGCCAGUGAGGUGUUUAUCGUUACGAAGAAUAUUACGUAUUUAAACAUAAAAGUUUGCUGUAAAUCCUGGCACGUUGUGCAAUUGACAAAGCUCGUCCCAGCACCUCGCCAGCAGCAAUUCGACGGGAUUGGCGAAGGAAUUUUUGAGGCCGACGCCGCCCGUCAUCAGGAACAUCAUCAAGAGCUGACUCUGCUUGUUCAGCAAGUUUAUAGUGGUUCACAGACAGCAGGAGCGAGAAAAGCAGCUUGUAAUUAGGGUGAGAGGCAUACAUUGACGUACAGGAAAUAAUCAAUUAAAAUAAUGGAUCAUCAAUAUUGUUUUGAUAUGCAAUAUGUAUGCAAUGAGGAUAUAUCAAAUGAAAAGAAGAGUGACAUUUUUAUAGAGGAAAAAGACGGUGAUUCUUUUCUAAUCAAAUUAUAUAGAGAACGUCCGUUUUUAUAUAAUAAAGGACACAAAGAUUUUAAAGACAAGCUAAUUAAAGAUAACGCUUCGAAUGAAAUUUCAAAAAUAAUGCAAGAUAAAAAUUAUGGUAACUUUUAUACACCCGAAUAUUGCCAAACUAGAUGUUUAUCUUUACGGAAUCAAUAUAAUCGGGAAAAACAAAUCUUAAAUAAUCAAUACAAGAGUGGAAAUGCUGCUUCGACUCAUAAACCUUUUACUUUUUAUUCCCAAUUGUCAUUUCUUGAUGAUUAUGUCCAAAAACGUAGGACGCGUUGCAAUAUAAAACCGAAUGAAGCUCCAAUAUCUUCUAUAUCAUCUUCCGAACUACCAAUAAAUGUUCCAAAGUAUAGACCAAACGAAACAUUUGACAGCAACGAAAAGUCUGGUGACUUUAUAUAUGAGAAAAAAGAUAAUCCUAAGGAAGAUAAAAUAAAUGAAAAUAUUAAAGAAAAUAUUCCACAAAUAAAACGUAAAUGUGCAAAUGCUGAAAAAGAUAUGAAUGUAUUAAAGAUACCUAUUCAAAAGAAAAGUAAAGUAAAUGAAACAAAAGAUCUUGAAAACAUAUUUUCUUCUGUUAGCCAAAAAAUCAUUAAUGUUUUAGACAAUAAUCAUGACACUAAAGAAGACGAAGCAUUUGCACAAUUUAUUAUAGCUCAUUUGGCAAAUCUUCCACAAUCUGAGAAAAAUAUCAAAAAGAAGAGGAUAACUGAUGCUUUAUUUUCUCUUUUAUAAAAGUUAUAAUUUGUUUUAAUUUCCUUGUUUACUUUAUUAAUUAUUUACAUAUUUUAUACUUGUGGA